AUGUCGCUGAUUCACGCACUAGUCGCGAGGGGAACCACUAUCCUUGCGGAGCACAAGGCUGGAAAGCGAGAUUUCUCUCAAGCAACGACCACGAUUCUGUCGAAGAUCCCACCCACGGACAGGCACGAGGCCAAGUUAACAUAUGUCUGGGAACAAUACCUCUUCCACUAUGUUUCUGAGGGCGGGUUUAUCUAUUUGGUGAUGGCGGAUGAAGCGGCUGGACGACGGAUGCCGUUCGCCUUCCUGGCUGAAUUACAGCGACAGUUCUUGUCUACACCUACAGGUUCCGGAUCUCUGGAUGACACUCCAGCCUAUGGGCUGCAAGGCUCGUUUGGUCCCACCCUCUCCAACCUCAUGCAUACUUUCAACACUUCACCACCGGUCGACGAGCUCACUCGAGCGCAGAAUGAAUUGAAUCAAGUGAAAAGCAUCAUGGUCCAGAAUGUCGAACAGAUCCUAAGCCGAGGAGAGAGGAUAGAGCUGCUCGUUGAUAAGACGGAUGUCAUGGCAGGUCAGGCGACUGCUUUCCGACGGGGUGCUCGAGCGGCGAGACGUCAAAUGUGGUGGAAGAACACAAGAAUUCUCAUCAUAUCCUGCUUCGUUGCCCUGUUCUUACUUUAUCUUCUGGCAGCACAGUUCUGUGGGGCUGGUCUCAACCAUUGUACAGCUCCGCAUUGA